GAGUGAUAGAAAAGCAGAGUCAUGGUAUCCAAUUUGAGCUAAAACUCUCCCACCCAAAUCACAAUCACAUAGUACUUGUUUAAUGCAAUGCCAUUCCCAUUCUCCUCUCCCCUUUCCAACGCCACAAAAAACCAUAAACUAGUAUACUAGUUCAUUCAUUCAUAACAGAAGCACCAUGAAGAACCAUAACCAGCACUUCUAUCUAUGAUUCUGCUUAAUUGCAUUAACUUAGCUGGCAAUGCAUUACCAAAACAACAUAGACACUCUAUCUGUAUUCAAAACCCAUUUUACCACCCACUCACUCUCACUGCCAGCCCAGUGUUAACGGAUAACCACACUAUCUGUAUUCUGUACUAUACACCCAAACUCACGCACGCACUUUCUGCCCCUCUCUCUCUAUCUUUCUCUCUCUUUCAUUCACUCACACACAAACUUUCUAUGCCUACAACAACACCUUCGUUUCUCUCACCAAACCCUCAACGUUAUUAUUAUCACCAACCCAUUAAAUUUCACCACUCUUCAUACACUCCCUCCUCCGCUACCACCUGCACCAUGCCCCACUGGCCUCGCAUGGAAAUCGCCUCCUCACGCCACCGCCGGAAAGACAAAGUCCUUGUCAUCAUGGGCGCCACCGGCUCCGGAAAAUCACGUCUUUCAGUAGAACUCGCUAAGCUCUUCCCCUGUUUCGAGAUAAUCAACUCCGAUAAAAUACAAGUCUACCGAGGACUUGACAUCACCACCAACAAGAUCCCCUUUCAUCAACGCAACAACGUCCCACAUCAUCUCCUCGGCGACGUUGAUCCCUCCCACGGCGAGUUCUCCCCUUCAGAUUUCCGCCUCCACGCCGGAGAUUUAAUCUCUGAUAUAUCUUCCCGGCGGAAACUUCCCAUUAUCGUCGGAGGUUCCAACUCAUUCCUUCACGCUCUCCUUGUAGAACGAUUCAAUCCUGAGUCAAAUGUGUUUGAAGACGAGUCAUCACCAUCGAUUUCCUCGGAUUUAAGGUACAAAUGUUGUUUUCUCUGGAUGGAUAUAUCAUUCCCUGUAUUAUCCGAAUAUUUGCUGAAACGAGUCGAUGACAUGUUUGACUCGGGAAUGGUGGACGAGUUAGCUGAGUUUUACAAACCGGGUUCGGAUAACCGAACCGGGUUGAGAAAAGCUAUCGGAGUACCAGAGUUCGACCGGUUUUUUAAACAAUAUCCACCAGCUGGACCCAUUCAAGACGAAGUUCAUAAUCCAAUGCGGGAAGGUGCAUACCAGGAAGCAGUGAAGGCGAUUAAGGAUAACACGUGUCAGCUAGCCAAGAGACAGAUAGGGAAGAUCCUACGGUUAAAACGGGCUGGGUGGGACCUACGUAGACUUGACGCCACGGAGGCGUUUAGGUCGGUGCUAAUGUCAGAUUCUCACGGCGGUGACGGCGGAGGAGAAGAAUUUUCCGACAUUUGGAAAAAACAAGUGUUGGAACCAAGCGUGAAGAUUGUGAAGCGAUUCUUGAUGGAGUAGGUCCUCCAGCUAAAUCCAGCUUAGCAACAUCAACUAUUUUCUUUUCUUUUUUUUCUUUUAAUUUAUUUAUUUUAAUUCCCUUUCAUUUAUUUACUCAGAAAAAAAAUUGGAGUGUGAGAAAAAAUUUACAAAAAAUUAAAGUUACCAAUUUGAAUAGGUGAUUCUGCGUGUCACCAAAUUUUGGCUUGUGUGAGGUUCUACAAAUUUUCUCAUGUACGAAAUGGUACCUACGAGUAUAGAUAAAUGUUGACAAAGUUUUGUUUGUU